CUCUCUCUCUCUCUCUCUCUCUCUCUCUCUCUCUCUAGCCACUUUUCAUACACUCUUGUAACAGUACCUUGUACUCGACGUUUUUUCCUUUAUCCACCUGUUUUUUUUUUUCCUUUCAUGAUUCACUUUGAGCUUGGAGGAGAUGUGGAAAAGAGCUGAUUGAACUGUCUGGUGCGCGCUCGCCCCUGUGCAUUACGCAUCCAAGAAAGCUUAUUAUACUGAUCAGUACAAAUAGAAGACAAACAGACACAAUGAGGACAUCGCUUUUCAUCUUCAAGUUCAUGUUCAUGAUGUGGCAGUGUGACUGUUUGCGUUUUGUGUGUCCGGAGAUGUGCCGGUGCUCCAUCAAGACCAUCAGCUGCACCAGCGCGACUGAAGCCAUGGCGCAGAAACAGCGCGGCGCAUUCAGCAGACUUGCUCUGAACUAUAUCCACUUAAGGACAAUUUCCAGUUUCAGCUUGGAUGGACUGCGAGGUGUCAAAAGAAUAGAAAUUGCUCAAAGUGUCACGCUGGAAACCAUAGAGACCCAAGCGUUCAACAACCUCCUCAACCUCUCAGAGAUAUCAAUCCAGAACACUCGGAGCCUGGUCCAUAUCCACCAGCGGGCCUUCAACAAUCUACCCAAGCUGAGAUACCUGAGCAUCUCCAACACGGGGAUAGUUGUGUUUCCUGACUUGACAGCCAUCGCAUCUCUUGAAGCCGAUUUCAUACUAGAUAUCUGUGACAACCUCCACCUGCAGUCAAUCCCACCAAACGCCUUCAUUGGAAUGACAACUGAAGACACAACAAUGAAUCUGUAUAACAAUGGCUUCAGGGAAAUACACAAACAUGCCUUCAAUGGGACAAAAAUAGAUAAACUAACCUUAAAGAACAACCGAAAGCUGCGAAUAAUCCACAGGGAUGCUUUUAUAGGAGCUUUUGGCCCAGCUGUAUUAGACGUGUCCUCCACUGCUCUGGAGACGUUGCCAUCUCAUGGCCUGCAGUCGGUGCUGAUGCUGGUGGCUCGCUCAGCGUUUUCGCUAAAGAGAUUGCCUCCUCUAAACAGUUUGGAGAGCUUAAGAGAGGCUCAUCUCACCUACCCGAGCCACUGCUGCGCUCUACUCAGCUGGGACGCUCACAGGGAGUCUCCAUCUUCAGCACAGAGAAAUGGAUCUUCAUACUGUGAACACCAGAGUCCGUUAGAUAAGGGCUCCGAAAAAGAGGUAUUCUAUUCUGACAUGCUGGAUCCACUUUCUGAAGCCAGCUUUGGCAAUGUGGACUUUGAGUACCCGGACUUCUGUCAAAUCAGACCAGCCCUCCAGUGCAGCCCAGAGGCAGACGCCUUCAACCCCUGUGAGGAUAUUGCUGGGUUUGGGUUCCUCCGUGUGGCCAUCUGGUUCAUCAACAUCCUGGCUAUUGCUGGCAACCUGACCGUGCUUCUUGUGUUAUUCGCCAGCCGCUGCAAACUCACCGUGCCACGCUUCCUCAUGUGUCACCUGGCCUUCGCCGACUUCUGCAUUGGCGUGUAUCUUCUCAUGAUCGCCAUCGUGGACCUGAGGACACGCGGCUACUAUAGCCAGCAUGCCAUCGAAUGGCAGACAGGAGUGGGCUGCAGCAUUGCAGGCUUUCUAUCCGUCUUUGGCGGAGAACUGUCCAUCUACACACUGUCUACGAUCACCAUAGAACGCUGGUACACCAUCACCCACGCUAUGCAGCUAGAGCGCCGGCUUGCUCUGCCCCAAGCUGCUGCAAUAAUGGCUGCUGGCUGGCUGCUCUGCCUGGGCAUGGCACUACUUCCACUCGUGGGCAUAAGUAGUUAUAGCAAAGUCAGCAUGUGUCUGCCCAUGGACAUUGAAACCCCUCUGGCCCAGGCUUAUGUCAUUCUUCUGCUGCUUUUCAAUGUGGGGGCUUUUCUGGUGAUUUGUGGUUGUUAUGUGCGGAUCUACAUGGUUGUGCGCCACCCUGAAGUGCCUGGCCGUGCUGCUGAUGCCAAAAUCGCCAAGCGCAUGGCCGUGCUCAUCUUCACCGACUUCCUUUGCAUGGCGCCAAUCUCUUUCUUUGCCAUCUCAGCUGCCUUUAAGGUGCCCCUCAUCACAGUCACCAACUCCAAGAUCCUGCUGGUGCUCUUCUAUCCUAUCAACUCCUGUGCCAACCCUUUCCUCUAUGCCAUCUUCACCAAGGCCUUCAGGAAAGACACCUGCAUUCUGCUAAGCUCCAUGGGCUGCUGUGAGAGCAAAGCCAACAUGUACCGCAUGAAGACCUACUGCUCAGAGAACACUGUAAAAAUGAUGAGUUGCUCAGUCGGCAAGGGCUCUCACACUGCCAUGUGGCUGUCCACCUGUCCUCAACAGAAGUGCCAGCUGCAGAUAGAGGGGUUACAGAAAGCCAGCUGUGGAGAACAUCUCACAUAACACAUUCUGGCUGCUUGUCUGAGAGCUCUUAUCUUUUUUCAUUACUGUGGAAUGUUGUAUGGUGUGUUAUGUUAGCCGUGUCCCUAAAAUUUGACUCUCACUCAGGUAGCGGAGGAGUUCUUUCAGAGGGAAUUUGUGAAAUUAUUUUAUCUCAUAUAAAGAGGUUUAUUUUUUUCUGAAAAAGAAUGAUUUGUCCCAUGAGAAACACUUUCUCAUUCUGAGUUUAUUCAUACCCUUGAUAGAGGAGUAGACAACAGGGGCUGAUAGACUCGGACAGCCUGGAUUGGGGCUACAGAGAAAGAAAAAUGAGGAAACUGAUUUGUCCUCAUACGUCACAUUACAAUUCGUUCUUUCCAUCCAUUUUACACUUUUUACCUGCGAAGUGAUCAUCACUGCCUAGUUCUCAGAUAUAAGUAGGAACAUCACAGACUGGACUCAGAGCACCCUGAAUAGAUCCUUCCCCUCUAUCCUUACUAUGUCUUUUGUAUGUUUGGUGGUGUUAUUUUUGUCAAACAAAUUAGGUUUUGUAUCAUUCUGAUGGUUUUUACUGUGAAAUCACCUGCAUCUCAAGGAUCUCGUCUUAUCUCUGAGAGCACAACAUAACCUACAUCGGUCGUCAAAGAGGUCAGAGGGUGACGACUGUGUGUUCUUUCGCUAACCUUGUUUUAUGAACAUAAUAUAACACGUCAGACAGCCUUACUAUUCAAACACGCUGAGUGUAAGAUUAAUAGUUUUCUAGGAGAAAUUGCGACAUACUGCGGACAAUAAACGAACUUCAGGUUUUGGAAAGAACGGUUGCUGAAAAUCAUGAAAAAAAAAAAAUCGAGCUUGGUCUGACCAGCUACCAAAACACAGGCCAAGCUGAUCCAUCUGGUAAGCUGUUAAGUUAUUUUUCACUUUUCUUAUUGCUUGUCUAAAUUGAUGAAUGAUUAUUUGAGAGUUCCUUGCCUUGCUGUUGUGUUAUUUUCUUAAAAAUGUCUUAUCCACAAUACAGCAUUAGUAGCACUUACCAGGUGGCACGAAAGGUCUGACAGCUUAUCCGUCUCGGUCUCGGUUUCUUGGUAGCCAGUCAGACUAAGCUGGAUUCAGUUGCUGUAAGUAAGUAAACUAUUUUUUUUUAAAUGUCACAUACAUGUAAUCAUUUGGCAGAGUAUAUUAAUUGAGCAUCUUAUAAUAAAAUCAGUUAAAUCAAAUUUACAGUUAACAGUUUAAGACUUUCUGAGAGGUAGUCUUUUUUCCUGACAGUCUGAUCACAUCCACAUACUCUCACAUAUUUUCCUCUUGCCAUUUUGUUCCACAAUCAAGGUCAGUUUGGCCCGCUCAGUAUUUUUAUGUUAUGUAAUGUUAGAUGUUUUGCUCGAGAUAUUCAGAUCGACAUAUUUGCUCAACGUAUUCCUUUUGGUUCCUGAUUUUAUAAUGACUGUAUAAUGAAAAAAAAAAGUGUCUAUUCGAUAUAACCAAAAGGAUGUUAGGUUACAACAGAGAAAUUCAAAGACAAAUCAAUAUCUGAUUGUUGAUUGCCUGUUUUUCCUGACAGUCUGAUCACAUCUUUAUAUUCUGAGAUAUUUUACUCUUGUCAUCUUGUUUAAAAAUCGAGGUCAGCUUGGCCCGGUCACUAUUUUGAUACAUGCCACAGUGCAUAGUAGUGAUAAUUGCUUGAUUGUAUCAUGCAGUACACCAGUCUGGAUGCAUUUUGGUUUUUCCGCUGAGUUAUUUAUGUUUUUUUCUGUAAUUUGUCCCUUAUCUGGAGCUAGCAAUCAAACCCAUAUGGGAAUCAGAGUUAAACAAUUACCAGGGCAGGAGCGUUACCAGCUCUGUCAGGUUUUCAUUUUCCUCAUUGUUUUUGUUAUAUAGCUCAGGGUCUCAACACAACCACUGAGUUUGCUAUAUGAGUUUUAAAUUUAUUUUAUUAUAUGGAAGAUGUCUUGUUCGGUUAAACGUGAUUAGAGUAUAUAGUGGAUGUUAUUACUGUUAAAUACAACAGGGUGCAUUACUAAAAAGAAAAGGAUAAAUCAAUGACCCUAAAGGGUUCAUCAUCUUGUACACAGUUUAAACAAUGUUAAAAAAAUGUUGUUGUCACCUCAUAAAGUAGAAUAUACCUUUAAACUUUAAAAUCCACUGGAUUAUUCACAGCCACAGGUUACGUUUGAAUACAAAGCAUGGAAUUGUGGGUAAUUUUCACUGACCUAUAUUUUAGUUAAUACUAGGGGGCAUGGUGGCGUGCUUCAGGGGUUUCCUCUGGCGUUCUCCCCGCGCUUCAGGGGUUUCCUCCCCCAUUGGCGGCUCAUCUCAUCCAGUGACCAUGAUAUAGUGAGGAGUCUGAGACACACACACACAUACACACACACACACAGAGAGAGAGAGAGAGAGAGAGAGAGAGAGAGAGAGAGAGAUGCAGACAUAUCUGUUAAACUUGUUUAACAGUUAAACAGAGUGUUUCCUUGAAUUACUUUUGAAUUACUUUUACUGGAAUCCUUUGCUGUAAGAUGAUGACUGCUGAGGAAGUGUCAACCAAAUGUUUUCCUGUAACUACUAACCUUUCAGUUUUCAGUUCUGUGAUUGAUUGAGUAAUAGAUGAGCAAGUGACUAUUCUGAAGUAUUUGUUGGUGGUUUAAAUUCCAGCAGUCAACUCUAAGCACUAAGCCCAUGCACAGUCAUAUGUUCCCAAAGUAUCUCACUGUUUCUGCUAUUGAUAUGUCCUUUAUGAUCUGUGUACAGUAUAUAUAUAUAUGCGCACCAGUUGCAACCAUGUGUGUGGUUUUACGAUUACAAAGAAAUGAUCAAAGAUACAGUAUAUAAGCAUAUUUUGUAAAGAAUGUUCGAGUUGAAGUUAAAUAUGGAAUAGUUGAUUGUGAGUUUAUAAUUUGUUCCUGCAGAACGAUUUUCUUUUUACAG